UCAGACCCGGCCCUCCGGGUGAGCCCGUUGAAUGGAAGCAGUGACCUGACAGUCUUGACUGGAGGCGUGCAGCACGCCGAGUGCCCUAGAGACACGCUGAGAUCCAGAGAGGAGGCCUUCAGCAUCAUGACCGCUUCAUCUAUGGCGCACGGCGUAGAAAAGCACAGAGCAAAAGAGGAGAGGAAGCUGAGGAAGCCUCUUAUUGAGAGGAAACGACGAGAGAGGAUAAACAAUUGUUUGGAUCAGUUGAAGGAAACUGUCAUCCGCGCCUUCAGGCUUGAUCAAUCCAAACUGGAGAAAGCCGACAUCCUGGAGAUGACGGUGAAACAUCUCCAAAACAUCCAAACUAACCAAGUCAAUGACCCCCUGGAGGCCCAGCAGAAGUACAGCACCGGGUACAUCCAGUGCAUGCAUGAGGUGCACAGCAUGCUCCUCACCUGCGACUGGAUGGACAAGACCCUUGGCUCCCGCCUGCUCAACCACCUCCUCAAGUCCCUGCCCAAGUCCACUGAAGAAAGCCCUCUCCGGACCACGCCCAGACUUGAGGGCGCCCGACCCCUCGGCACGCCCGUCAAAAAAGACCAGAGGCAGCCCUGUCAAGAGCGAGCGGCGCUGCACGGCUCCCGUUUAGGGAUGCUGGAGAUGUGGAGGCCCUGGUGAAGCUCUGGGUUCCAUCAGCAUGUUGUUAGGCCAUCAGCUGUUAUGUAUCUUAUAGAUAUGUUGCUCAGGAGACAAAUAUGUUGGGGCGCUUUUGUUCCAGUCCAUUAUUGUUGUAGGUGUGCUAAACUGAUUCUACACAGACCUCUUCUUGGUACUUCCCUUCCGAAGUUGACUUCUCGUAGCCUGCAUUAUAGAAGGCUCUUACUAAUCUUUCAUGUAUUUAUUGUGUUAACAUCUUAUUUAUUUGCUAUUAUAAUGUAUCUGCUGUCUUUCUUUUCUUUUCUUGAACCACUUUCUUUGCAUAGGUUUGCAUUAACACCUGUGGUAAUAAAGAUAUUGUUUAA